GGGAAUGUGGUACUCGAAAAACAUAAUCAUCAAAGCACAGAAAAGUUUUUUUAGUUGCGUUGCGAAUUGUCAUUUUCUGCUAAUUGGCUUUAUGACAAAAAUAUAUCAAUUGGCACCCAUUUUUAAUUUUAAUCUCUGACAUCACACCGCCUCACAGGCGGUGCCUGUAUUGUUUCAAGAGUGAACACGUGAACAGAAACGCCAACUCCAUAAAUUGUAUUUCUAGGAUGACAAACUUUGUCCAACUUUUCCAAUGCUCAGUUUGUGAAUCCUUUUUUGAGGAUUAUGCUCGAGCGACGACACAUCUCGCCUUACGGCAUGCGGAAGCAUGUAAGAAAGCGCUGUGCUUUUCGCGAGAGAAAAAUAAUAGGGGUCGCAGCAGCAGCUUGAUUGAACCUUGUACAUUUCAACAUCCGGAAAUAGCCAUAAAGAAAAUUAUACCCAAGCAGAAACGUGCUGAAGAGAAUAAUCUAAAUGGAUUCAAAAGACUAAAAUCGGUUGCUACUGUGGAAUCACAAAGUUCAAGUCUUAGGAAGAACGUUGUUGAAGAAGGGUCGGCAUUAUCCAAUAUGAAAAGGGAAAUAAAAUUGGAUUCGCUCAAGGCCAGUGAAAUCGAAGCCAUAAUCAAGGGUGUAUUUGUUCCUCAAGAAAAGAAUAACCGACAUGUAGCGGUGACGAUAACAACGGACCUGCACCGCGAUAAAGUCACAAAUAAUUUGACUGCAUUCAAAGAACAUGGUUCAAAAAGAUUUGCGGUGCAACAAGGAAAGGGCAACAACAAGGAAUCACAAGUAAUAUCAAAGAUAGCUUCACAAAAAUUGAAAAAUGUGAAUGUUAAGAAAUCAGAAUCCUCGCCGAAAUUGUUUCCUUGUUUUGCCUGCAGUUUGCAAUUCGUGACAUACACAAGAAGCUUGGACCAUUUUAAACGUUCCCAUCAGAAAGGAAACAAGCAAUGCUAUUGCCCAAAAUGUCAUAACACUUUUGCAAACCGAAAUUCCUUAAGGAAACACAUGAGAAGAAAGCAUAACAUGACACCAAAAAUUACUGUACCCAGAUCAUGAUGUAUUGUAUGUAUGACAAAUUCCUGAUGAUGAUAAUCCUUCACUGCAUCUCUUAAUUAAUUGACGAGAACAAAAGACAGGACAGAAGCACUCAACCUGCGAUAUUUAUUCCUAUUAUCUUAUUAUUGUACAAAAUUACAUUUCAACAUGCAUUUCCCAUGUGUUCAAUUUUACGAGCUUGAUUAUAAGAUCAACAUAUAUUAUACUUUACUAAUUAGUUUACUUGCCAAUCUAGCUUAUUUUUUCACAAGAGAAAUGAUGAUCCUUCUCAAAUAUUACUUAUUGAUGGUGCGUAAUGAUCUUCAUUAAAUAUAAAUAUAGGAAAUAAAUUUUGUGUUAUAGCUAAAAAC